UGAGAGGAAGCUCUCGGAAGAGCGAGAAUGAUGAUGCCGCCACCGCAGGUCGUGGGUGUCCUGCUGAAGAAACCGGGACAACAGACUCACCCGCGGUUACCCCCCCUAGAUCCGCAAGAGACCAAAAUUAAAGGCGAGUUGUAUGUGGAACAUUAUGGCGAAAGAAGAAUGGUUUCCAUCAGAAUGGGCUGGAUAUGGGUCGAAGGUAAUCCUGGGACGAAGUUACCAUUGCGAGCGUUGAAUCUUCGUCAAGCACCACCCAGCCUCUGUCAACCACAUACGUUCGCUCUAGGUUUUACCUUGAGCGAUUCACAGGGUCAUUCGCUCGUCACCUUUUGGGCGGACACGGAACCAAUCUAUUGGUCUUGGGUCAGAGCGAUCGCGGCCGAACUAGUCCGGCAAACGCCGUUUCGCGCUCAACGAUGCUUGAACUUCCUGGAGAUAUUGACCAUUUGUCCGAGAGGUCCGGUUCCGUUGCCGGAUAGCCCGACGGAAACGAGGAGGCGAUCUCGCAGCGAAUUACGUUGCUGGCCGAGCGACUCGCCGACGGAAAAGACGGCAAUGUGCACGACGACGAUUCUCGACGAUUCUAGGAGAAGGGCAAGGAGCGAGUUGCGCGGUUGGUCCAGCAGUAACUCGAGCGACGAGGACCUCUUGGGAGAAUUUCGAAGCAUACCCACUGUGAUAAGCAACAAGGACCAACCGGUCAGCAGAGCGUGGGGUUGUAGCGAAAGCAGCGAGGGUAGCGACGACAGUCUCCCUUGGGGUGGCGUAUGCCGGUCGAGCGUCGACUCAGUGGACUCCCGCAGCGUUCCUUUACCGGAACCAGAAACAAGGGAACAGAGGAUACAGAGGUACAAAGAGGCGCGCAGACGCGAAAACGAAGCGAGAAGUCGACGAGUUCUUGAAGAGGACGCGAGACGAAAAGCGAGAGCCGAAGAGAAUAACAACAACUUACCGAAGAUCUAUGGUAGAACCAGAAGCAGAAUCUGUUCCGCCAACGACAACGAUGUUGUUGUUGAUGUUCAUCCGACUCGCUCGCCUAAAAAGGAACUUAUUACGUCGAUCGACACGCGAAGGCAAAACGAAAAUUCGAUUAUCGAUCGACUACCUCCACUGAGGCCGAACGAGUCGGCCACAGUGAGAUUCACCGAGGAAAAUCAUCGGAACGAGGACGACAAACGAAACAAUAAUAGUCCGAGAAGUGGAAGCAACAGUCCCGGAAUAUUCAAGUUGGAUAUCAACGAAAGGAGAAGUCGAACCAGGGAAAGGAGAAUCUUUCGUGACAAGGGGCAGAUGUUGCAGAUCCAGCAAUUUACCGGUACCACCAUCGCUAACGUAGAAACUCUUCGGGAGCGAAAAGAGCGUUUGGCUCUUCUGUCUUCCAGAAUCCCCGUUCCACGUCAGUCGUUGCAGCCUUGUCUAAAGUCCGCGAACUGUCCGGCAAUUACAUCUCCGAACUCUCCACCGAUCUUGAUAAUGCCACCUUGCGAGGAGGAUGUUGUCAAACUUCUGGAGCGUUGUCAAGGGGACCACUACGUGACGGUGCGGGAGAAGCUGACUUUAUUCGAAUCCCUUUCGAGAUUAGGCGGUCGCCUGGCUAGAAGCACGGAAGACCUUGGAAGAACGUCUUCUAAGCCCAGUCCCAAGGGCAAACAACGUGCCAGAUCCCUUCACGAUCUCAACCGAGGCGCCAGAGCUGUGCCCGUGAGAGAGAUGUGCCGGUUUUUUGAAGGCGAUCUUCCGAAGGAGCAGGAAGCUUGCCAAAAAGCGAUGAAUUUUGCGAAAACGAGAUUCAGCGAUCCGCCCGCGAAGAACACGUGGAAAGAUCCGAAUUCGAAACACGAGGCACCAUGUAUCAGCGCUUCCGCGAGAAAGAAACAUUAUCUGAAGUGAACGCAACUAGUGAAUCGUUCUUUUUCAGGAUGUUUAAGAACUUAUGAAUAAAAACAUCCUCGAGUUCACGAUCUCAAUGAAAUAGCGAACACAAAGUAACGGAAUAAUCACUCAUUAUCAUUAUUCUUAUAUCUUCCUCUCAGUAUAAAUUUUCAUAUAUCAUGCAGAUUUCUGCGACUAGUGUAAAGCUAGAAAAUAUUUUCCAAUUGAACAAAUUACGAUAGCUUUUUCCCAAAAAUCCAAAAAUGUAUUACUCUGCCUGACUGAAUUCCGUUUCUAUCGCGUGAUUGAUAGAUGAAUGUAAAUCGUAAAUAUUAAUUAGAAUCGCCCAAGUUCGCGAGAAUCCCUUUGCCAUGAUGAUUUGAUGACGCUGAAUUUUCGAUACGAUCGAAGUUAAGUCGAUUUAACCGUGCUUAUCAAACACUUAGAUUAGAAUCAACUUUGUUGAUUGUGUCGCGGGCGACGAUUGUCACACUUGAGCCGAGAGAAAGUCGCCGCGCGCGCGUACUUUUUUUUACGCUCGAGGCUCCGAACUGUGCUCGAUUCCCUCGAUUGCUGGUUGUCGCGAUCAGCCAUCAAAGUGAAGGAAAAAAGAUGUCGGUACUCAGUUAUGUGCGCGUCUUACGAAAGUGAAAAUAGAGAAUACCGGUGAAUCCGAUCGUCAUAGAAAUUUCUCACCUUAGAAUUACUUUUCACCUUUAUUCGUUACACGAAUAUCGUUUCGAAUCAUCAUAGACAAUCCGCAUUUAUUUGUUUGUAUUUAAAACUAUAGAAUUGACAUAUAACGCCUCGAUUAUGCGUAUCAGCGAGAUCAAGCGUGGCCGAUCGUGACAUGAAGGGAAUGACGGAAAAAGAAAGAGAGACAGAGAAAUAGAGAAAGAGAGCGGAAUGGAGAGAGGGGAAUCGGAGAAACCGGUAAUUUACGUUCACCGAGCGAUUGCCACAACGUCGAACACCUGUAUGUAUACAAACUAUAGGUACGUACAGUGAGCCGAUCGCCGAGCUCAUUUUUCGAUUAGCCUGAAUUCGAUCGUCUAGAUUUUAAUCAGGUUCAUUCGUUAAGUAUCCAAAGAAAUGAAUGGUAAGCAUCGUGAAUAUUUAUGGCGUUUCCCCAAUUACAAUAAUUACAAGUGAAAUUUGUAUAUAAUUGAUUAAUUUUAUUCUGUACCUGAAAUUGUUGGUUCUAUGUCUUCUUCUUCUUAGGCUAUAGUUUAACUUUUGUUACACGUCCUCGUUGCGAUUGUAAAUAAAUGUCUAAUUAUCGAUUUAUAUGGUUUAUAUGUAUAUAUAUAUAUAUAUAUAUUUAUGUAUAAUAUAUAGUCUUUGUUGAGUGUGUUGAUGUGUAAUAUUUGCCAUUAGGGCGGCGAUCGCCCUUCGUUGAAUCUCUUGAAUUUCCGUUAAGAACCAGAAUACGGAUUACCGACUUCCGCUUAUUUCGAAUCGAAACGAUAAUUUCCGCUCGUACAAUACUUCCCUCAUUUUCUCGUUUCUUUUCAUAAUUUAUAACACAACGUGUGGGGAUAGAAAUAUAUUCUAAUUUUAUAUAAAGUGAG